UAAUUUUUCAUGGAAAUCAAUCCAUUCUGCUCAAAUUUUAAAUCCUCUCAAGUUUUCUUAGCACUAGGACUGAAGUGGCUCGACCAUGGCAGCUUCCAAGAUGGUAAUGGCUUCGCUCACCGCCUUCCGCCCUCUAACUUGCGCUGCCUCAACCUCAACCUCUUAUCCUGGGCGAUUGGCCCCAUACCCACCUGACCUGAUCAAGUGGGUUCGUAGGGAAGGAGGGUUCGUGCACGAAGCCGUGAAGAUAGCUCAAGAUAGUUCCUUUGGUCUUGGACUGGUGGCUUCAGAGGAAAUCCCGAAAGGUUCUGAACUAAUUGUUCUUCCCGAGCACGUACCGUUGAGAUUUGGCUCUCUUGAAUCAGAGGGUGGAGAUGGUGGGCUUGACUCUGUUCUCGUCAAUUUGGCUCGCCAUGUUCCUGAGGAACUUUGGGCAAUGAAAUUGGGUUUGAAGCUUCUUCAAGAAAGAGCAAAAACUGGAUCCUUCUGGUGGUCAUACAUCAGCAGCCUCCCUGAAACAUUCAAUAUACCCAUCUUCUUCCCUGGCGAGGACAUAAAGAAUUUGCAGUAUGCUCCACUUCUUUACCAGGUGAACAAGAGAUGCAGAUUUCUUCUUGAUUUUGAACAAGAAGUCGAACGUGCUCUGGAAAAUUUGAAACCAAAUGAUCACCCUUUUGGUGGCCAAGCUGUAGAUGCAUCCUCCCUUGGAUGGGCAAUGUCAGCAGUUUCGUCUCGGGCCUUCCGUUUGUAUGGUAAAAAGCUUUCAGGUGAGAUCAACAAUGAUGUCCCGAUGAUGCUUCCUCUCAUUGACAUGUGCAACCAUAGUUUCAAGCCAAAUGCCAUAAUACUUCAGGACCAAGAUGACAGGGACGUGAAGAUGCUAGUAAAGGUUGUGGCAGAAACAGGGAUCAAACAGAACGAUUGUUUAGUACUUAACUAUGGGUGUUUAAAUAAUGACCUUUUCCUGCUGGAUUAUGGAUUUGUGAUACCAUCAAACCCCUAUGAUUGUAUUGAGCUGAAAUAUGAUGGAGCACUUCUGGAUGCUGCAAGUAUGGCUGCUGGAGUAUCAUCACCCAACUUCUCUGUACCAUCUCCAUGGCAGAAAGAAAUUUUAUGCCAGCUAAAGUUAGAUGGGGAAGCUCCUCUUCUUAAGGUAUGCUUAGGGGGUUCGGAGUUGGUUGAGGGGCGCUUGUUGGCAGCCUUAAGAGUUGUUCUUGCCAGUGACAUGGAAACAGUUCAGAAGCUUGAUUUAGAUAAACUUAAAUCUAUUUCAGUUGAAGCUCCCCUUGGUAUAGCAAAUGAGUUAGCUGCUUUUCGCACCGUUAUUGCAUUAUGUGUGAUUGCACUGGGACACUUCCCAACCAAAAUCAUGGAGGAUGAGUCCCUGUUGCAAAAGGGUGUUUCAGAUUCUACUCAGUUGGCUAUCCAGUUCCGAAUUGAGAAGAAAUCUGUCAUUAUAGAUGUGAUGAGAGAUCUCACAAGGAGGGUGAAAUUACUAGCAUCAAAAGAAACAGCCACUGCUCAAGGCUAAAUUGUUGUGGUAGAGGGAUCAUCCUAAAGGUGGCAUGUCUGCACACGCAACUGUCUUUUUUUUUUCUUUUUUAUCAAAGAGCACACAACUGUCUCUUAUACAUGUUUGUUGCCUUCGUUCUUUUCUGCUACUUUGUUUUGCAAUUACUUUCUGAUCUUUAGUAAUUUGAGUAUUAUCUUUAUAGAAUUUUGAAUAGGCUGGGUUUUCUAGUAUUAAUAGUCAGAGCUUUAAAACUCGAUAAA